UUCUGGGGAGGGAAGUGUACAGAAAACAAUCAAGUCCCGCAGAAAGGCUGGAUCUCUUUCUCGUUCACGUUACCAAGCCAAAGCCCAGUUCUAAAUGUUGUCGCUGAUGGAUACAAGGAAAUAGCCUACUGGCGGGGCUGCCCUGGAGGCGGAGAAUCGCCACACGCUCAACGUAAACGCAGCGUUUGAGUGAAAGAAAGAUCUGACCCCAGAUCACUUGGCAAGAGCAGCGAUAAGAUGAAGAUAUGGUCCGUCCAUGUCGCUGACAAAGAUGCGGUUUUUAAUUGUGCCCGGAUAUUGUUUCUGGAUGAUUAAUUGAAGAGAUGAAGACAUUAAACCCGAAGAAUUUAUUUUUUCCGCUAUGAACAGCGCUCAGUCGGAAUAUGACCACGCACCGACAGGAAGAACAGCAAAGACCACUUUUUUCUAAUAUACGUGUUUAUGUUAUGUUAGACUAUUUAAUAGCUACUAUAAAAAUACAAGAAAGACAGGAAAAUUACGGCUGUUCUUCAAGAUGACAUCCUUUUGGGUUCUCCAGAAAUAUCAGAGAGGCAUGUUUUGAAACUAAAUUUAUAAAUAUAUUAUGUACAGUAAUAAAAAUGGAAGGACAACAUCCAAUGUCUGAGCGCAAAAACAUGGAUAACUGCCUGAGACGUUUGAAGCUGGAGCUGCUCUCUAUGAAGGAGGUGGGCGAUGGGCUCCAUGCUCAGAUGAACUCCAUGAUGGGGGCUCUUCAGGAACUCAAACUCCUGCAGGUGCAGACGGCGCUGGAGCAGCUGGAGAUCUCUGGGAAGGGCAGCAAGGCCGCCCCGCCUGCUGCCCCAUGCCCUGUGCCCCUUUCCUGCCCCCCGUCCCACGAGCUGGCCCCGUCCGCAUCCAGGCAGGUCCAUGGGCGGAGCCUGGACCCCUCCCCCACCUCCAGCCCAGAGAGCGGCAGCUUCCCCCUUCCACAGUGGCCUUUGCGGGACGGCGCCCCCUGGUGGGAGGCCGGGUCGGAGGUGCGAGUCCCCUUGCGAGCGGCCGAGCCGCUGGACCUGACCGCCGUCCUGCAGACCCUCUCCCGCGAGGGCCCGUCUCUGGACAGCGACUGCUCCCGGGACAGCGCGGACGACAGCAGCGACUGGACCUCGUCCCUGAUGAGCCGCAGCCGGAACAGGCAGCCCCUGGUGCUGGGCGACAACAUCUUCGCCGACCUCGUGGGGAACUGGCUGGACCUGCCCGAGCUGGAGGAGAGGCCUGCAGAGGCAGGGGAAAGGGCAAAGGUCAUGGACCAGCCCGCCCACCCGCUCAGGCUCAGCCGCUCCCAGGAGAUCUGCAGGAAGUUCUCCCUCACUGCCAACAUCUUCCGGAAGCUUCUGCGCAGCGUGCGGCCGGACAAGGACAAGCUGCUGAUGGAGAAGCCCGGCUGGAUGCCCCUGGAGGACCCAGAGACCCAACUCUGCAAGAGGCCCAGAAAAGCCGCCAAGCCAAAAGGGAGCUUUUACCUCCCCUUCCGAACUGGGGCAGGAGGGCAGGGUCGGCGUGGGAAGGGGAGCCUCUGUCCAGAGCCUGCGGAGGACGAGGCUCAGAUCUCAGGGGUGUACGUCGGCAGGGUGGGCUCGGAGUUUGUGGAGAACGCAGGCCCUGUGUUUCAUUUCAACUCAGCCGUCUGGGUCUGAGGGCUUUCCUCACUGCCACAGGAGAGGCACUGCAUUCACACGACGUCUUCCUCAGAACUUUCUAGAACUUUCUCCCGCUGUGUGACCGGUGUGAAAUCGUAGUCGGCCGUGGUGUGGCUUACAAUCCUGCAAGGUGUGGCCAUGUCACAUUUUUGUUUUCAACAAGUUUACAAGGAGUAUUCGUAGGAUAUGCUACCUGAACCCUGGCUAUGGAUGGUGUUCUGUUCAGACCCCAUCCACCACACCUUUGCAGUACCACACAAACCGCUAGUGUUACUCCCAUUAAGAACGGACACUAAGGAACCUCACCAGAAUCACAUUCCUAAAUGUACUGAUAAUUAUUAACUGGAUGUAAGUCCCAGUUUCCUGUUUGGAACAGCUAUCAUACCAGCGGGGGGAAAGUUCAGCUGAAAGCUGACGUGAGGGUUCUGAGUAACGAGCUUCCAACAUUGCACUGUGAGAAGCCAAGCCAGCGAUAGCAGCCUGACACAUUUGGCCAUCUCUCAGUUCCGUUACAUUGCACGUCUCCCUUUUUAAUUGUUUUCACCAACAGCAGCUGUCUAAUGCCAGUCAUAAAACCCUAUUCUCUGUUCUGUGGUGUGAGGAUUCUGUGCUGUUCCUCCACAGAGUGUGCAGUCAUGUACGUGCACAGUCACGGAGUCAUGUACGUGCACAGUCGCGGAGUCAUGUACGUGCACAGUCGUGGAGUCAUGUACGUGCACAGUCGUGGAGUCAUGUACGUGCACAGUCACGGAGUCAUGUACGUGCACAGUCGCGGAGUCAUGUACGUGCACAGUCGCAAAGUCAUGUACGUGCACAGUCGCGGAGUCAUGUGCAUGCACAGUCGCGGAGUCAUGUGCGUGCACAGUCGCGGAGUCAUGUACGUGCACAGUCGCAAAGUCAUGUACGUGCACAGUCGCGGAGUCAUGUACGUGCACAGUUGCGGAGUCAUGUACGUGCACAGUCGCGGAGUCAUGUACGUGCACAGUUGCAGAGUCAUGUACAUGCACAGUCGCGGAGUCUUGUACGUGCACAGUCGUGGAGUCAUGUAAAGGUACACAUAGCAGUGCGUGGUCUAAUGGGAACAUCACCACAGACACUCCGCUUAUCAGUCAUCAGAUGUGUGCUAAGAUCUCUGUACAGUGUUUCUCCUCUCCACUGACAGAUGGCUUCUGUUAUGACAGCAGCACACUGCGUGCUAACACCAUCUGUUUGCUGAGAAUUAUGUAACGGUAAUAUUACGAUUUUAACAUUUUAGAGUCAUUGCUAUGGGCCCAAAAAUGACUCUGGACAGGUGUUUGAUACCCCCCUUCAUAUGGAUGGGCAUCGGGGGAGAGUCACUGUUAACAAAUGAAGCUCUGUCUGUUUCGGAUUAAUUCCAGAGAGAUUAGAGGUCAUUAUUGAAAGUUUGGCCAUAUGGAGACACUGCUCCAGUCCGGAGACUGAUGUAACAGAUUGGAUCGAUGGAUCAGAGAAACUGAGGCUGAUUCACACUUUUCAGAAAGAAAAAGAAUUGAUACAAUCAAACUGCAAACAUAAGAAAUAACAGUGCUCUUUUACAUUGUCCUUGUGCAGAGGGCUAUGAGAGGGCACAGUUCUCUCUGACAGGGAAGUAAAGACACUCUUCAGAAGCCAGCAUUUUCAUUCAAUUUAAAAUAUCCAGCAUAAAUAUUGAACUUCAUAGAAGCAACACCUGAAGCUAGGAUGGAUAUCUUUAUUCUUUGUGGGCCAGAAUCAGUUUUUCCAGUGACGUCUACAUAGCUGUACGUCUCAAAGCAAGGGUUUAAUGUAUCCCAGCAGCUAAUUCGAUUAGGAAAUGAAGGUCUGAUAGUAUAAAAACCCAGCACUCUCUGGGCCUUGAGGAGUGAAAUGGCAGAAGUGUUCUGUGCCAUUAUUAACGGGCUGGAGAGGUCUCUGCCUUGGCUGGUAUUCAAUACAAUACAGGUGAUUUUCCACCCAUACAAAGAAAACUACACUUUUCAGUAGCCACUGCACAUUAACAGUGGCCAUAGACUCAGGUAUUUCAAAUAUCAAGUCAUCUGAGGUGCUGAACAUAACAAUGUAAUAUGCAACACCAUGCCCAUAUUAAUUACAUACAAGAGUAAUGAAGCAAUAAUGGAUGCUCCUUGCCAAAGCCCAUUAAUGUACAGUAGACUGAGGCUUGGUCAUUUAGCACUACAUACUACACAGUACUUUCACAGGGCUUUCAAAAGUAUUUAUUUCUGUUUUGUCCUUUCAUUCAUUCAUUUAGAUGACGUCAUAUGUCACUGCCCAGACCUGGGUCAUAAUUUGUAAGUAGACACACGGUGUAGCUCGCUAAACUGGUUGUGUGAAAUUGGAUCACAUCGCUGAUACCAAGAGACAUAAAUUGUGGGGGUUAUUUUGUGUCUAGCAGUCUCCUUAGAUGUGUGUUAAUCCAGUGAAAUCUGGACAAAUAACCAAAAAGGCAUCAUUAAUUUUGCUGAGCAAAGUUACCCACCAGCCUUUAGCUCACGUGCUUUACUCUGCGUACAGAUCCACCGGCCUCUCAGAGGCCAGAGUGAAGCAUUUUCAUUAUCAAGGUUAUAAAUUGGUGUCCUUUUUUAAAAAAUGUGUCAUAUUUUCUGCCUGUUUCUUAAUAUUGUUUUUCAACACAACAUUUAGAAACCAGUGGUUCAGGAAACCUGUAGGGACUUUGAAAGUUAAUUGUGCAGUUCCUGAUCUUCUGUAAAUUAAAUAAAUUAAACAUGUUUCAUGCAAA